GUUCUAAUGUGAUCAAGAAAGAUGGCGGGGGAUUCUGCUAUGGAGCUGCUUUUUUUAGAUACGUUCAAGCAUCAAAAUGCAGAGCUGACAAAUGUGGAUGUGGUGCGGUUUCCUUACGGUGUCCUGAUCACAGAAGUGCGAGUGAUUCCCCCUGGCAUCAAAGCACACAGCAACCUGCCUGACAGCAGAGCAUUUGGGGAAACUGCCCCUCACGCAUUCCAGUUGGACCUGUUCUUCAACAAUGUGUCCAAACCCAACGCCCCGGUCUUUGACAGGCUGGGCAGCCUUGAAUAUGAUGAAAACAAAUCAAUCAUCUUCAGACCGAAUGGAAAGAUAAACACAGAUGGGCUGGUUCUGCGUGGCUGGUACACAUGCUUGACGUUGGCAGUGUAUGGUACAGCCGAACGCCCUCACAGUCAUGAGCGGGACUCUCCACCACCUCCUCCACCUCCUCCUCCCCAACAGCAGCAGAUCGGGUCCAAGAGGCUCAUUAAGCUUGAGUGGGAGAAUGAAGAGCAGUUUAAUGGCAGCCCACCCAGACCACAACCCAGAGGUCCACGGACACCACCGGGACCACCUCCGCCAGAUGAUGAUGAGGAGGAAGCAAUGCCUGCACCUGGUCAAUGUCCAGUGAAGGUGGAGAACACAGAACAUCAGGGUGAUGAUUACCUGGAACCCGUUUCACCUGAGCGAGGGUCUCUUCCUGCUGAUGAGACGUACUCUGAUGCAGAGCAGGAGGAUGAUGAGGGUCCUGCUGAUGAUGAAGAGGAUGAAGUGCAGUCAGAAGGAACUGAAGGAGAUGAAGAUGAUGAGGAAGAUGAAGUGGGUGAUGAUGUGACAGAUGAAGAUGGUGAAGGUGAUGAUGGAUAUGAGCAGAUAUCCAGUGAUGAGGAGGAUUUAGAGAGCGGGGCUUUCAAGCUUCCUGCUUUUGACCUGGACUAUACACCUGAAGACCUCGCCUCACUACCAACUGUGCAGUAUGACCCGUAUGAGCGUGAACUUCGACCCCUCCAGCACUUCACUCCACCACACAUCACACGCUAUGAGGCAGAGCUAAAACGCCUCAAAACGGUGGACAUCGAGGACUCGAGCUCCUCAUGGGCAGAGUCUGCAGCUAAACUCUCAGAACUGCUGGAGGCCUGGGGAGAGGCGCAGGGGGCGGAGAGAGGUGCAGGUUGGGUAACUGCUUUAGAGGAAGUCCCUGCCUUUCUAGUAAAAGGAAUGAGCUUCCUGUCUAUUAAGGACCCCGAUGGGCAGAGCGAAAAGUUGAAGCAAUUGGUCGACUGGAGCUGUGAAGCUCUUAAUUUGGACGUUGCUCUGGCACAGCCCAUAGCACUGAACCUGCGCCAGCUUAAAGCAGGAACCAAACUGGUCUCUGCCUUGGCUGACUGUGGUGCCCAGGCUGUGCAGGAUCUGCUGGAGAAGGGGAUUGUUGGCAGGCUCCUGGGCCUGCUGUUUGCAGAACACGUUUCAUCCACUCUGAAACUCAACGUGCUGCGCUCCCUCGACAGCAUCAUCAGCGAGCCACAGGGCAUCGAGGCCAUGCUCAGAGAUCGCCACCAUCAUGAUGAUGAUGGGACAAGCGGGUAUCAGCGUCUGCUCGAUCUCUUUCUAUUGGACCAGACUGUUCGUGUCGCAACUGCAGGUGCAGCCAUAUUACAUAAAGGACAUUUAUAUGAGGUUUUGACUGACCUGCAGAAAACUGCCAGCGUUUGGGCUGAACGGCAUCCCACUGUAGGGGAGGUGGGCGAGCGUGAGGGCAGUGAGAGCGAAGCUGUAGAGAGAGACAGAGAAAGCACUGAGAGGGAAGGGGAGGAGAGAGAGAGGGAAACCCAGGAGGCAGAGCGGGAAAGCCCAAUGGACAUCGAUACUUUGUUGGAAUCUGCCUCUUUGUCAGAGGCUGACCUGGAGAGGCUGCAGGGUCUCCUGGAGGAACUGCUCCACCUGCUGGAAACAGCACCUCACUGUAUGGUACAGCCUCCUGGGAAAGCUUUUCCCACCAAUGUCCGGAUCACUGGGCCACCAGAGCGAGAUGAUCCCUAUCCCACACUCUACAGAUACAUGCACGCAUGUCACCUUCUGGAAUCUCUGGGAGUUGUCUUGUCAUAUCCCGCUACAUGUGCUCACAUUGGAGUCCUACAGGCCGUUCGAGAACUGAUGCGUUUCUUGUCCCAGUCCCAGCAGGGUCUCCUCUUCCUCCUUAGUCAACACGAAACCAUUAAUUUGCUGCUCCGUCUCCUCACGCCCCUUACCCAUCUCACCCCACCCUCUCAUUUGGCUCCACUGACGCCCCUUUCAGAGGUUGAGGGGGAAGAAGCUGCAGCAGGUGGAGAGGGGCUGAUGGAUGAUGGCUUUUGGGUGUGGCUUAUGCAGACUCUACACGCACUACAGGGUAUUGCUGAAUUAAACGGGGCAGAGCUUGAAGAUGGCGAUAAUCCAGAAGUUUUGGCAACACUUCACAGCCUGUAUCUCAUUAGCUUUAGCAGCACGGGCCGAAAUGCUGUUGCACACACUUUCAGCUUGGAUAACAACCUCAGCUGUCUGAUCAACCUGAUAGAGUUCCAUGCCAAAGAUGGCCAAGGGGAAGGCAAAGCAAGGAAAUCUGUAACGUAUAACUACGCCUGUAUGCUUGUACUGCUGGUAAUUCAGACAUCAAGUGAUCUCCGGAUGAUGGAGCACUAUGCCGCUCCACUUCUUCUUGUUUGCAAAGCUGAUGAAAACAACGCCAAGCUUCAAGAGCUCUCUAAGUGGUUGGAGCCACUUGAAAAGUUACAUUUCGAUAUCAGUGGCAUUCCUAUGCUUAUUGACUACAUAAAGCAGAAUCUGGAGAACUUGAUGACUGCAGAUGGGGUGGGUCUUGUUACUGCUCUCAGAGUUUUGUGCCACAUUGCCUGCCCACCAGCCACUGUGCAAGGCCAGCAGAAAGACUUGAAGUGGAAUCAGGCCAUAAUAGCCCUCUUCAGUGCAGAGGGAAUGGACACUUUUAUUAAAGUCCUCCAGAAGCUUACAUCACUGUUGUUGCUGCCAUGGCGACUGCACGGGCCAAUGGGGCCCACGGCGCAGCGACUCAUGAUGCUGUCAGUGGCCUCCUGCUCGCUGAGACUCAUCCGAGCCAUGCUGACAGAGCUGCUGUGCGGGGGAACCUGCGAGUUUCGUGACGUGCGUGUGCCCUCCGUCUGUGUCACCCUUCACAAGAUCCUCUGCUCCACCCCAUCAACCGGCCGCCUGGAUGCAGAGGAGCUGCGUAUCCAAGGAGACGUGACUGAGAUCCUGUUGACGUUCACGCAUGCUGUUAGUGAACAGGAGACGGGUUCUGAGGAGACCGUGGCCGGCAACAGCUGGUCUCUGAUGCUGAAGGAAGUGCUGAACUCUAUUCUGGCUGCUCCAGAGAAUAUCUAUAGUAGUCUCAGUCUGCUGUCUGAACUACUUCCUCUUCCUCUCCCCAUGCAGACCACGCAGGCUCUGUCGGUCCAAGACAUUGGGGUUGCGAUGAACACACGAAAGUUGUGGAGUGUGCACUUACACGCUCAAGCUCGAGUGUUGCAGGAAGUGCUGAGGUGCGCGUGUGUGAGCAGUUGUCCGCCGCUUCUCUCCAUGCUCCGCCGUGUGUGUGUUCAGCUGUGUGAUCUCGCUGCACCCACCGCCACUCUGGUCAUGAGGACACUGCUGGAGCAGCUGCAGGAGGAGAUGCAACAGGAAGCAGCUGGCUCGCGUUUAAUAAGAGUACUCGCCCUCCUCGACUCCCUGGCAUCUCAACGGGCUUGCAAGGUAGCCAUGUUGGCUCUGCUCAGUGGAUCUGUACGCAAUGAGACGCGGAGUGAAGCCAAAGUGGAGGACAAACUGUCUGACAUUCUUCCCUCGCUGCUCGCUAUGCUUGUCCUGCCAGCUGAUGUGGCUCUUUCAGCACAGCAGAACGCUGAACUCAUGGCUUCCAUCCUUCAGUCCCUGUGUGACCAGGAUGUGUCGCUAGUAGUGAGCGGUUCUGGUGAAGCGUCAGUGUCUGAGGCGGAGCUACUGGCCAAUGCGCUGCCGACCAGAGACAUGAUGACCAGCAUUUGUGAGGGGAUGUUGGACGUGUUGGGAAACACACACAGCAGCUACACACUCCAACUCACAUGUCUGCGAACUAUGAUGUUUCUCACAGAGCACGACUACGGUCUCUAUCACCUGAAAAGCUCUCUGAAGAAACACACCACGGCCAUUUCCUCUCUAAUCCGCAGAGAAAUCACAUCCUUCAACAAAGAGUUUGCGGAGCUCCUUUCAGCCCUCUUUGACUUUUUGAGACAGAUUCUGAACAGUGAAGCUAUGUUUCUCAGAUCUGCAUUCUAUAGGCAUCAUCACGCAGAUGAAGACAUGGACAGCCGCUCUUUGGCUCUUAGUGUGACUGACAUGAAGCAGCUGCUGCAGUGGAAGGAAGACUCAGGAGAGCAUCCGCUAUGUGAACUGGAGAAACAUAUUAUGAAGCUCUGUAAGGAGGACGAGUCUUUGGAGGCUCUGCUUGAGAAUGUAGUUGGACUACGACAGAUUAUUGAAAGUUCUGGAGACGCACAGACUAAUGCUGAGCCUGAGACAGAGCCCUCUUUACCUGCGCCCGAGCCCCUUCAGACACAGUUCAACCACAGGACGGUGUAUGUACUUUCCGAUGUUCUGGAUGAGCAGUUAAAGGCCCUGUGGUUUUCUCCAUUCCAGCCAGAUGAGAUGGAGACAGAAGUAGACAUGGUGAAAGUAGACCUGGUUGCGCUGGCCCAGCAGUGUUGUACAGAAUUAGACCUGAAGGCAGAGUUAGAGCGCUCAUUCCUCAGUGAACCUUCUUCUCCAGGAAACAGCAAACCGAGCAAAGGCUUCAGACUGGGCAAACACAAACACGAGACCUUUAUUACAUCCAGGUACACAAGCGGGAGGUCUGACUACGUGGAGCCAGCAAAGCGAGCUCAUAUCAUGGCAGCCCCUCGGGGUCGGGGCCGCGGUUCGUUUGGCCAGCUCUCUCGACCACAUGACAUUUUCCGCCAGCGCAAGCAGAACACCAGUCGACCUCCUUCCAUGCAUGUAGAUGAUUUCCUGGCUGCAGAGUUCAAGGAUGUGGGUCCACCAACCGGCCUGACGCUGCCCAAACGUCCACCAAAGGGUGGAGGAGCCAAACCCCUCACCAGAGGCAUGUUCACUGGGGGAACCAGAGGAAGAGGCUUCCAGAGUCACACACGCUUCUUCACUCCACCGGCCCCCAAGAGUGUGCUGCUCGCUGGUAACUAUCCUCGUCGGGAAGGAGGUCGAGGAUCCACUUGGAGCACACCAGUGACUGCUGUUACUCACAGAGGGACUUACAGCGAGCCUCGUGGAGGACAGAGCAACUUCACUCGACCACUACCCUCCAGACAGCCUCCUACAGGUGCUUACAGACUGGCUCCUCGAGACAGAGCCACCAGAGGCAGAGGGACGGGCCUGUCCUGGCUGAGCGCUGGAGUGAGUGUUGGAGGAGGCGGUGGGGUGAGCGGCGGUGGACGCGGUCAAGGCAAGUUUAGCAGCGGAGGCAGUGGAGGAGGACGAGGCCGACACGUCCGCUCAUUCACUCGCUAAACACUCAGACUCAGCCUUCAGGCUCUAAUGGACCAAUCACAACACAGAUCUGCUGGAUCUGACACAGCAGUUGGCCAAUAUUGUGUAUAUUAUUGUCACGUUUUGUGUUUUUUCUCAUUUUUAAAACUGUUAAAUAAGAUUAAAUUCUUCUGAGGUUA